UCAGGUAAGUAGUUUCUAUAUAAUCCCUUCAUUUCUUUCUCUAAACUCACUUCAUUUUAUUCUCUCUAAACGAUCGAAUCGAUUAUGGCUACUUUAACUGUUCUUCCAUCAGCGGUUUCACCCCGAGAGGACGCUAUUCAGUUGUAUAAAGCUUUCAAAGGAUUUGGGUCUGAUGAUGUGGCCGUGAUUGGUAUUCUUGCUCAUCGAGAUGCAACCCAACGCGCGUAUAUCCAGCAAGAGUAUAAGACAAUGUAUUCCGAAGACAUCCUUAAACGUUUGUCUUCCGAACUUAGGGGCAAAUUAGAGACCGCAGUUCUGCUUUGGAUGCCUGAUCCAGCACAAAGGGAUGCCAAUAUAUUAAGGGACUCAUUGAGCCCGGGUUUUAUAGAUCUUGAAGCUGUAACCGAAGUCAUAUGCUCUCGGACAUCUUUGCAACUACAAACUCUCAAGCAAAUUUACCACUCGACUUGUGGAACUUAUCUUGAACAUGACAUCGAACUACAAGCUUCUGGAGAUCACCAAAAGAUUUUGCUUGCUUGUGUAAACAAACCGCGUUAUGAAGGACCGGAAGUAGAUAGAGAAAUGGCUGCAAAGGAUGCAAAGGCUUUGUAUAAAGCUGGUGAAAAGAAAUUAGGAACUGAUGAAAAGGUUUUUGUGAAAAUUUUCAGUGAAAGAAGUAAUGCACAUUUGAUUGCUAUAAACACAUGUUACCAUGACAUGUAUGGUGGAUCACUCAAAAAGGUUAUAAAGAAGGAAACUUCGGGGUUAUUUGAACGGGCACUUUUGACAAUCUUACAAUGUGCUGAAAAUCCCGCGAAGUAUUUUGCAAAGGUGCUAUAUAAGUCAAUGCAAGGCUUAGGGACCAAUGACACAACACUUAUAAGGGUGAUUGUGACCAGAACUGAAAUCGAUAUGCAAUACAUCAAGGUUGAAUACCAUAAAAAGUACAAUAAGAGUUUGAAUGAUGCAGUUCACUCUGAAACGUCAGGCCAUUAUCGGACUUUUCUUCUCUCGCUUCUUGGCCCAAAUCAUUAGCUUGAUAAUUCAUUGUAAUUUUCUGGAAUUGUUCUUGUAAUUUGUGUUGGUUUGGCUAUUUGCAGUCGGGCUUGUACUCGUUUUCUUUUUGAGUCGUGUCAUAUUAUGUAACGUUGCGAAAGCAAGAAUAAAUGAGAAAAUAAUUUCAAGA